AUGGUCGACGUCGAGAAACCAACAACGACCACCACUCCAACCCCAAUCUCUCCACCAAAAGAUUCUGACGCAUUCUACGCUCCACCAACAUCAUCAUACUACUUUGGCCCACCAACAUCAACUUCAGCAUUUGGAGAACCUGUGACGGGAACUCCAACAAUACAUUUGCCGAAAGAGAUCGUACGGGUGGAAAGAGAUUAUAGCGCAGGAGAGUUGCCACAGUUUCAUUCUAGUUUUCCGCUUGAGUUGGAGGGUAGAAUAAGCCCAACAGCAUUCGGCGAAAUCAUCAACGACCUAAACUCAGCACUCAUCUCAGCUCAUAACCCAACAAAAACUUGGAUCGAUAAUUCGGCCGCCAUCCUGAGUUUCUACCUCACCAGCUUGGUCUUUGGGACUCAUUACCAACGUGAAAUGAAAGAGCUAGAAGAAUGGAUAGGAAAGACGAACAAGGAGCAGUUGGAAAAGGUAGGGUUAAGGAUGAAAAAUCCGAAAGCUUGUGGAUGGCAGUUUGUUGAGAUUGAGUACUUUUAA